GCAUGGCUCGUGGACAUCAAAAAAUUCAGUCUCAACAAAAGGCUCAGAAGAGGGCUGAGGCUGCCAAGAAAGCGCAAGGAUGCGAUCAGAAAGGAGCUGCACAAAAAGCUCUUCAUCAUAAAUGCACAGUAUGCAUGGUGAGUAAACAUCCUAAAGCACCGCUUCCAGCUGAACUAGUCGAUGUCCAGGCUUAAGA